CACACGCAUCAUCAUCAUAACCAAGUCGAAGGCUCACUGUGAAGGAGUCCCUAAAGUACUGGACAGAUGUUUUAGAUUUGGAUUUCUGCAACAACUGGGGAUUUCAUUUAACAACCAGAUGGAUUAUGUGUAUACAUAAGAGCAGAAAAGGAUAAUCACGUUACGUCGUCUAAAUUUCGUGCACCGGUGGCAUCAUGCCAGUCACGUUUGGAGAACUUAGCACCCUCACCACUCCGCUGUCAGUGGCUCGCCUCUGCGCUUGGUUUCUCAGCUGCCUCACGUUCAGCCUGGCCUCUGUGGAACCCCAGUCGGGCCAAACUGCCUUUUUUACCUUCUGCAUGGUAACAUGGUGCCUUUUCUUUGUCCUCACCUUCCUUGUUGUGGUCAUCCAUUUCAUCCAGUUCCACAACUUGUUACCGCUUUCCUGGAAGAACCUCACGGCCACUGUGGCAGCUCUUGGUGCACUCAUGACGUUUUCUGCUUCUUUAGCCUUCGCAUGGACCUUAAGGAAUCAUUUUGACGCCAAAGGCAUAGCGGCAAGUGUGAGUUCAUGUCUCACUUCGCUGGCUUACGUUGCAGAGCUCCAACUGAUUCGAUUACAGAGCGAUGGCCACCAGCGAGGCUACAUGGCGUCCGUACCUGGACUUCUCAAGGUGCUGCAGGUCUUUGGAGGAAUCAUCGGGCUGGUGCUGCUCAGCAUCUCCGUAAAGGAAGAAGACAUUUGGAGGACCUGCGUGUUGGGUGUAACCUACAGUGUGUGCUUGCUUCCGUCCAUAGGCACGGUCCUGGUGAUGUUAAUGGACUGUGCGGCGCGCAGCCCUGUACCAUUUGACCGACUCCUCGCUAGUUUCAGUCUGCUGGGAUUGAUCAUGUAUACCGUCGGCACAGUUGUUUGCUUCACACAAGCACUCGGGGAUUCUAAAAAUCGACUUGUUAUAAUGAGUGAGACCGUGAUGGCAAGCAUCACUUUACUGGCAUACACAGUGGACCUGGCUUUCUCUCUUAAACUGCUGUGUGAACGGAAUUAAUGAGGGACUCCUGAAAGUUGAGGACAGAUAAAGCAUGGGUGAUGUUAUUCCUGAUUCAGUAUUAUUUAAACAACACACUUUUGUGUGUUUGGUUUAUUAUGAUAAAUUAUCAUUAUCAUCAAAUGUGAAUAUUUUUGUGCUGUAUUCUGAGAAAUACUAUUUAAACUUUAGAAUAAAUAGACAUACUGUACAGUAGAUUUAUAUUCUGUCUGAUUCGAUAACUUGGACUUCCUUGGACUUCCUACUUUAAUCAGAGAUUAAGUUUUAAUUUUAGUGCUGCUGAUUUAAAUAGCUAAUAAUUAUGCGCUAAUAACUAAUACGUCAUUUUCAUUUUCUUUUAUUUAAAAACUGGAAUAAUAAUAAUAAUGGAUCAAAUGGCACUCUAAAUUACAGCUUUAUUUAACAAAUUAAGUGUAAACCAGUCAAUACUGACGGUGUUAAUAUGACUUAUAAGACAAAUAUACUGUAUUUGAGUGCUACAGGUGGCUUAUUAACAUUUUUAAUGUUCCAGGGAAUGUUCCUGUUCCAGGUUGAUUCAGAUCAUUCCCAAUUCAAACAAAUUCACAGAUUUCUCAAUUUUUGUUCAUUUGAAAAUACUUCACAUUAAGCUGCUGCUGCUUAAUAACCCAAAAAUGGUAGACAAACUAAGAUCGCUUAAUCCAUAAUGAAUGUGUUGAGACGUGUAUUCAGCUGAGCUGUUUUGCUUUAAAACAAUACAUUGGGAUCAAAUUUUAAAAGGUGUGAUGAUGGCGCAUGUGGAACAGUGGAAUGAAUAGAAAAAAUAUCUGUUGUUUGCUAAUCCGUUUCAUUUUCGAAGUCCAUUAAAUUUAAAGUAACUGUGUAUUAGCAUUUGCAGGCCAGCACAAUGGCUUAAUGGUUAGCACUCUCGCCUUGCACCUCCAGGGGCUGGGUUUAAUUCCCACCUGUGGUUUGUGUGCAUGGAGUUUGGAUUGGUUGGUUUCCACUGGGUGUGCCCUGUGAUGGAUCGGCACUCUGUCCAGGGUGUACCUCAUCUCGUGCCCUAAGUCUCCUCAGAUAGGCUCCAGGGCUCCUACAACCCUGUAUACAGAAUUAAGCGGUGUAGACGACGAUGAAUGAGUGAUUUUUUAAAAUAUUUUUUUUUAGAUUGUUUGUUAUAUAUAACAUUUUACUAGCUGGAACACAAUAAAAUAAUAAUUGGAUCAUUCUUUAACUCAUAUAAAAAAUGUAUAGAAUUUUUUUUAAAACAUGCCAAUGGUGCAUUCAACACUCAGAAAAUGAUUAGGACAAGUAGAAGCAGAAAUUGUAUUAAUUCAGAUUUUUUAAAGAGAUUUUCCUCUAGAGAUACUGGGGAGAGGUGUUGGUCAUCAUCAGCAGGCACUGGUUCAUCAUCACUGACCCUGCGGAAGAGCAGUAUAUCUUACACUGCAUCACGAUGAUACCCGCUGCGAAAUGUUCAUGAUAUCUCACAAACAAAAAGGCCAAUUUUUCUUUUCUUCAUAAAGUGUUUAGGUGAAAUUCCACCCAUACAAUUGUGACGAAUAUGCAAAGAAAAAAAAUCAGGAAGGGGCAAAUACUUUUUAAUGGCACUGCACAUGUGGUCAGAUUGUUCCACUGGGAUGAAACUGUGGCAGGUGGAGUUAUAGCAGUUUAAAAAUCAUUUAACUAACUUUACACUGAUAUGAAUAACUUUGAAUGAUGAAUGCUUUUUAACACCCUUGUGACUCAAUAAGAGACAAUGCACAGAAUAUUUUCUAACAGCCUGUAAAUGAUACAUUUUGGCAGUAUCGUCUUCAUCUUUUGAAAUAAUUACUGCCAAAAUGUCUCAUCUGUGUCUCUGGUGCUACUGGACACUGAAAAUAUUGUCUUUAUACUGUACGUGGUUUUAUAUGUUGUUUGUAUUAUUGUUCUUCCCUUUGUUUCUUUGUUUUACAAAUAUGACCCAAUAUAUGUUCAGUGAUACUUUGUUUACGUUUUGUAUUGUGUUUUAUUUUUAUACUAGUAAGUAGUAUAAAAAUUUAUCUUUAAUCUGUAAUCUUUUUUAUAUAUUUACGUACUGACUGGACUGGCCCACAUUGGCCAGUUCACCACUGCUGGAGAAACUGUUAGGGAUCUGCUGUGAGGUUUAACACUUUCGAUAUAUACUAUUCGAUCUAUAUACUUUUGCAGCUCUCGCUUUCUCUCUCUCUCUCUCUGAUAACCUCUAGAGUAAAUCUGAAAGUCAGGUUUUUUUUCUUUUGCACAGCUUGUAACACUGAGUUUAUGAGACCUGUGUUCACUAGAUGGCAGUGUGUUCCCGGUACAGUGAGUUUUUCAAGGCCAGGUUUCUUGAUUUCUUUCUUUCGAGAAAAUGACUCAAUAGUAAACAAGAAACUAACAUCUCUUCAUUACAUUAAAGAGACUAUUUCUGACUGUUUCCUUAUGUUCUGUCAUUGAGCAAAGCCUGUUUCAAAUUCCAGCUGGUUCCAUCCAGACGGUACUGCUUAUUAAGUACACAAUGACCAUACAUUGUUUAUUCAUUUUUUUGUUACAUUUAAACAAAUACAUUCUUUUUAUCACUUAUUUUAUAGCAGUUUAAAACAACUGCUGCUUCAUCAUCACCUUUUUUCCCCCUACUAAGAUUUAGCAAGACUAAAAAAUUAUGCAGCUUGAAUUGUUCAUGGGAAACUGAAAGUGCAAACGCUGAAAUUCUACAGUUCUGAAGACUUUCCUGUUUACCAUAUACAGUUUGAUGCAAAAUUUUGAGCACCCGCUUUGUUUUUUGAUUAUUAUUUGAUGACCUUAACUUUGGGCUUCGCGAGAAAUUUCGAAAGGGGACCUUUGCCUAACAACAUCUGCUAAAAUGAGUGUUACUAUUUAAGACUAGAAUAGCGUCGUGUGACAGCUGGGGCACAGGAAGUGCUGCACAGGUAGAAAUUCUGGUAGCAAAUAUAACACAGUCAGUUGUGAAACCAAAGCAGAAAAAAGCUUCAUGAGAGUCUACGA